UUUUUUUUUUUCCCCGCCGACUUUUCGAAAUGCUCUUGGAGCACUUGGACUACGACAUUCUCUUGCAUAUUCUGUCAUUUCUAGAAGCGUCCGAUCUAUGUCGACUUCAGCGGACAAGUCGACGGCUCCACUACGUUGCGGGCGACCCUUGGCUGUGGCGAAGACUCGCGUUGCCGAUCGCUGACAUGUCCCCAGUCCCGCCCGACGCAGGGUUUGCCGUGUCGCGCAAAUACGCAGCCACACUGGCUUCCACUCCGCUUGUGCCCGCGUCGCUGUCGGCGCAGCUGCUGACGGGCGAAACGUACCCCCCACCGCUGGCUGAUGAUGACGAGAUGAUUACGGAUGCCGACCGAACGCCAGACCGAGCCAAUCCAGCAGGGCAACUAGAGCCAAUAUCCAUGGACAAUCAAGCCACAGCACAGUACAAGCUUGCGCUGUGGUUUCACGCGCAGUGCAAAGCUGCGUAUUUGGCGGGAACGCCGACCAUCGCGCCGCUCAUUCAUCAAGACAUUGUGGCAGCAAUGGAUAUCGAUGAUUGGCUGUUGGCAACGUGUUGUCGCGAUGGCGCUGUCUCCGUCUGGGACCUGAACAAGUGCCAGAAGACGCUGUGGGAGACCACAAACACUCAACAAGUCACGGUCGCCGUCCAAUGCUGUUUGAGGCUUAACAUGCUCGUCGUUGGGGUCGUUGGAGAGAUUAUCGUCAUCUCGUUGCGUGACGGCAGGCAUCUCCAGAGGAUUGAGGCCCAUCCGGGCUCCCUACUCCGCACUUUGGUGCUUUCGGCCCGCUCGCUGUUUUCCGGCGGCGAAGACUAUCGCGUAAACACGCUGACCUUAAAUCCGAACUAUGCACCGCAACCUCUGGUAUACGGAGAGCCAUUUGAACCGGCACCGAGUACCCCUGCACUUCCCGAAACCGAGAACCUACUGCCCUUCUUGCCACAGCACCGGACCAUUAUUCUGCACGAGAAUGUCUCGACGUUCAUGCAGUUAUCCUAUCCCUUCUUGUAUGCCGCCUCUCGUGAUAGUACCAUUGUUGUUUAUCACGUCAUUCAUCAAGUGAUUGUGACCAAACUUCAAGAGCAUCACGACUCAAUCACAAACUUUAGCAUCACGCCGACGCAUCUCGUCAGCGGUUCGCGAGACAAACAAAUGUUCCUAUGGACUCGCCCUUCGGACGAAAUGCUGGACGCAAAGGUGUCCGCCGAGCUCCACCGACGACGCGGCUUUACUGCGGGCAUGGACCCGCUGUUCACGGCGACGCAAUGCGGGUUUGAGGUGAAAUUCAGGUUUGAAAUCCCCGUCUGGGUUUCUGCCGUGCUGGCAACCCGCGAAACAAUGUGCAUGGGUCGGAUUUUUUCGUCCGAGGUGCAAGUCCGGAGCAUUCUUCCUCCCUACGCCGAGCUGACCACGUUGCAGCUGCCCAUCACGCAGGUUGUGCGUCGGAUAACCGGAACCACGUACUCGUCCCUCGUCGUGUGCGGCGAUCCAGCCAUGUGCCUCGUCCUGCUGUUUGCUCCCAUUGGCCACAAUUGUUCAAUGCAGCGCUUCUCGGAUCCGGGGUGGAGCUUGCAGCAAUGUGUCGAGACCGGCAUCCGUGAGCGGUUUCCCGCUUCUCUGCUUCGUCGUGCCGGUGACAUUCGUUGGUUGCUCGAUCGCGUCCUGCCUCGAUCGUGCGCGUCUACUCUGGUCACCAGCCGUGACGUUGACGUGUAGCUGGUCCAGCAUUGACGGGGUCGUGAGCAGGAAUUAGCGGGAAAAGAGAUAUCGAGGCUCCGAAUUUUGCCAACUUUUUUUUGCGAGACUCUGCGGUCAGACGCGCCACCACUGAUGAUGACCGUCAUUCCACCCUUGCCCAACGUGCAUGGUUGCAUUUGCUGUUUCCCCACUCACUGAGAUCAUCACAAAGUAAAUUAUUGCAAGAAGCCAAA